CAAUGCUAUUUAUCGAAAACAUUUUAUGAAACCAUCCCUCAAAAGCUACCUUCAUCUUCUCCAUCCUCUUCAUCUCUUCAAACUUUUGCAGAUUCAUAUCCAUCAAACCACACAUUCACAACCUAAUAAGUCUUCAAUGCAAAGCUUUCAUUUCUUCAGUUAAAAGUGCAAAAAAGUAUCAACAAACCACAAAAACAGAGCUUGAACAACAACAAGAAACUCCAAUUCAAUUUCCCUUUCUUCCACGACAACUUCUUUUGUAAUCUUAUGUUCAAACAAAAUCCAAGUUACGACAAGGAAUAACUUUCCCAUCACUUCUCUUCCUCCGUUUCCCUAUAUCAUCCUCUCUUUCUUCCUUUCUCAAUACAUGUCCAUUAAACCUUCAAUUCUUAGAGUAUGUCCAUCCCCCAGCCUCAAAACCCCCGAUCUCGAAUCGUCGUCAAUGGCGGCUUCACCAGGACCACCAAUAUGCAUUACUACUGGUGCCGAAUUUGUCGAAGAAUCAUCAGAAUUAGCUUAGGAAACCCUUUAGAAAUUUCCAUUACUUGCCCCUUUUGCUCCAGAAAUCUCCGCCAUGAAUUGGACGUAGCUAGGGCUCGAAAUUUCCCUCGUCUCCCCCCGAUUUCCCCUCCGAUUGUCCAACGGUGGGGAUUCGAAGAUACCGAUGAGUCAUGGAUCACGCUCCAAUUCCCGAGACCAGCGGUAAAUUCCGGGAUAGAGGAGAUUCCAAGGGUGAGAAUUACGGGAAAGCAUUUGGAGAAGGAUUCGAACUGUGCGAUUUGUAAGGAGGAAUUUGAAAUGGGAGAGGAAGUUAGGGAGUUGCCUUGCAAGCAUUUUUACCAUUCGGAUUGCGUUGUUCCUUGGUUGAGAAUGCAUAAUACUUGCCCUGUUUGCCGGUAUACGUUGGAGAAUAUCGGCGACGAGGGGAGUGGGAGCGGUUUUAAUGGCGGAAGGGGUGAGGAACUCGGGGAAGAAGAAGAAGAAGAAGAAGAAGGCGAAGGCGAAGGAAGAGGGAAUGGAUGGUGGAACUUGGUGUGUUGUUGGUGGCCGCUCCGUUUAAUAGGCGAUUGGGCUCGCCGUCUCCGGUUUGCUGAUUCGGGUGAUAGUUUCUUCGUCGUUGAACCAGGUUCGUGGAUGUACUCUUGGCUAGCUAAUUAACCCACCCCCG